ACUUUUAACUUAACAAAGUCUAGAUGGCCGUGUUGUUGCCUAGGACUUUUACAGGGAGCUCCUUGCUUGCAGCAGAGUGCUCUCCUGGCUAAGCAUGGAACUCCACACCCGUGAAUAUAACAGAAAAUGGGGUGCCUCUUUAGCAAGAAUGGCCAGGUCCGGAUACUCUCUGACGAUGUCGAAGAGCCCUUGCCUGCCUCCGCGUUCUCCAGCCGUGGUGCGGCGCACGCCUGGCUCCAAGAAAUUGGACUACCCCAGUAUGCCGCGCCAUUUGAAGACGCCGGCUUCAGUGACUGGGACCUACUGUCCUGCCUCAAUGCCGCCGACCUGGAUGCUAUCACGACCCACACGGGCGCCAUCAUCCCGCCCGGCCACCGCAAGAAGCUGCUCAUGGCAUCCAGGCAGAUGGGCCAGUCCGCCCAACAAGCGCUAUCGCUGACACCGGCGCUGGGCUCUGCCCGGCGCUACAGCCACGGCAGCUACCACAGCGGGGCGGGGCACGGCUCGCGAGCGGGGGGUCUGGGGGCCUCGGCCGCAGGGGCGCUGGAGCGGCGCUCAACAGGCCGACGUCCCAGCGGCAGCACCUCCCAGCGCCACCCCAGCGGCUCCCAACCGGGCCUCCCACCGCCAGGUACGGCGGGACCUGGCGGCAACUCCCUGCACGCACACGUGCAUGCACAUACGGCCGGCGGGGGGCCGCUGCAGCAGCCCCGAGCGGCCACGGAGGAGGGUAUGGCGUCCGGGCGCCGCAGCCGGCCGCACCUGGCGGCUGCUGCGGGGGCCCUAGCCGCAUCGCGCAACAGCAGCCGGAGCAGCCUGACGCCCUUGCUGUGGGGGGGAGGUGGGGUUAAUGGAGCGGUGUUGAUGAGCGGGCAUGCGAUUGGGUACAUCGCCUCGCCAUCGGCUACAGCGGGCGGUAGUGCCCAUGGCAGCGGAGGAGGAGCAGGGGGUGCAGGAGGGGAGGGGUGGACGCGGGAGGAGGGCUACCAGGGGCUGUACCAAGCGGUGGAUCGGCCCGGUUCGCGCUCGGGAGGGUUAGGGACGGCCGCAGCAGUGGCAGUGGCGGCAGCAGCAGCGGCAGCUGCCUCCUCGCCUGGCGGUCAGCCCAGGCAACGUAGGCGGUGGUCGGUCAGCAAGCAGGCGGGGAGAGGUGUGCUUUUAGGAGGUGGCGGUGCGAAUGCGGCGCCCAACGGUGGCGCGACCGUGGCCUCCGUUGCCGCGGUGGCUGCGACCGGAGGAUCUGAAUCGUCGCGAGGGUGGACGGAUAACGGAGAGGCGGUGGCGCCGGGAGCCCUCGCGGGCAGCAGCGCCGGCGGCCGUGGGCAGGCUGACUCAUCCGAGGAAGUACGGCAUUCAUCAAGGACGUCCUCUUUCGCCACCACCAGCACUCCUGCGCACGCGUUUUCUCGUGACUUGGAUCAGCUGGUUAUGGGGGCGAACGAUUGGGGGCAGCAAAGCCGGAAGCGCGCGGGGUCGCGGGGCCAAGGCCUGGCGGCAGCGCGCCCGGAAAAGCCUUACAGCGGGUGCUACGUUCCCGUGUCGCCGCCUCGCAACAACGGUAAUGCUACUGCUGCCGCCGUUGGCACCGCAAGCACUAUGUACGACAGCGUGCCGCAGUCAAACGCUGCUGCCGUACCCUCGUCGCCAUCAUCACAGCAGCAGCAGCAGCAGCUGCUGCCCCUCCCCGCAGCUGUCACGGCCAGCACUGGCUCCCCCGUCGCCACCGUAAAGCCGCAUCCGCCGAUGUCUGCAGGCGGCCUCGGCAGCAACAACAGCCGUGACGCCCAACUGUUUGUACGGCACACGCAGCUCGUCCUGGAACCCAGCACCACCGAUCCCACGCCGCGGGGCGCCGUCGUGAUGCAGUCCGCCAGCCCCGUCAACAACAACAACAACAACAACCCGGUUGCGGUCCCAAGCAAUCACCGCGCCGUCGGCGCCUCCCCCAGCGGCCCCGCAACUACCACAUCAGCAUCAGCCUCAGCCUCGCAUGCCGUUGCCGCGGAUGGCGCAGACUCCACGCUCAAGUCCUGGGCGCAAGCGCUCGUCCCGCAUUCCCCAAAGCCCGGUCUGUACUCUCAGCUCUCUGGAGGACUGGCGGCAGCGGCGGCGAAACAGCCUCGAAGCCGUACGACAGGCGGCGGGGAGCCGUCGUCGCCGCCGCGGCCGCCGCUGACGUCGGGAGGUGCCUCCCGUCCGGCGUCGCCUGGAUUAGCGUGGGGAGGGUUGUUUGGAGGCGGGGCGGCGCAAACAGCGGAGAAGACAAGCUCGCCUGGGAAUCACUCCAACGGUGGUGGCGGAGGCGGAGUACGGGCUUCGGGCGGUGCCCUGCCUCGCUUCGUACGGGCAAUUGCCGGCUGGGCCAUGCCCGCUGCGGCGGCGCCUGCGACGGCUCCCGUCGCCGCCUCCGCCGCCGCUGCUGGCGGCAGCGGCAUGGGAGCCCGCCGCCAGUCUGCGGACCUGUCCGGACGUCGUAGCGACGCCAAGCCGGUUAGGACACCGGCGUCACCACCUUUGGAGGUCCGUGGAAGUAGGGUUGCAGCAGCAUCCACCGCUGGUGGUGGUGGUGCUGCUGUUCGUGCUGUCAGCGGCGGCGGCGGCAGCCUCGGUGUGCGGGACACGUCGAAUCGGGGCGGAGGCGGCUCAACGGUGGCAGCUGCAGCGGCAGUGGCGGCGGCGAUAGCGAAGGAGCCGAGUGGUAAAAGCGGAGUUGCAGGCUUGCAAGGCGCGAGGUCUGGUCGUUACAUGCUGGUACCUGACACGUCAGCGAACCACGGGCCAUGGGACCAAAACUACGCGCUGUGCAUCCAAGGCCGCGCCUACAAGCCAAUGGAAGGAGCAACCGCAGAGGCGGGAGGAGCAUCUGUCGCCGCCGCCGCUCCUGCUGGCGGCAGCGACGGAGGCGGCGGCGGCUCGGAGGGCGCGUCGCCAGGCAGUCGGCCUGCCACCGCAAUGGCGGCGGCGGCCGCCGCCGCUCGUGGCGGAGGCUGGCCGUUCGUCAUGCCGCAGCUCCCGCAGCCGCCUCGGACGUCGUACAGUGGCAUGCCGGCAGCGACGACGUCAGCGGCGGCCUCCAAUUCCUACCCCGCUGCUGGCGGCGCCUUUGCCGGCCCUGCCGCCGCCGCCACUGCUGCCGUACUGGCGGCUUCGCCAUCGUACAGAUUGACGCCGCUGCAGGAGUCAUCGCAGCAACUCGGUUUGAACAACCCCUCCGGCGGCGGCGGCGGCGGCGGUCCCAGCGUGUCUACAUCACUCUUGCUUGAGAGUGUGAGGCUAAGCUCGCAGUUCUAUCGCGAAGGCGCCGAGGCAGUUGUCGUACGGCGGCCUGCCGUUGCUGACGUACCGAUGGCAGCAGACGCCUUGCCGCAAGCGGAUUCUUAUCCCAGCACCGCCGCCGCCGCUGCUGCUGCGGCCGUCGUGAGGUCAUCCUCUCACAAGCAGUCCGGCUCGGCCAGCUACUCGACGCUUGGAAUGCCGUCGCCGAGGCAAUCGCCAUGCAGUGCUCCUGUUGCUUCCGAGGGCACUAACAACGGUAACAACGGCAGCGGUGGGGGAGGCAUUGCCGCCGCUGCCGCCGCGGCCCAGUGGCCCGCGCAGCCGCUGCGACCACCCACACGCGCGCGGCCCAUGUCACCGGGAGCUGGUCCCACAACUCCCACGUCUCCUGCAAUGCCGCCUACGGCGGCGCCGGCGGCGGCGGCGGCGACGGUAGCAGCAGCUGCGUCUCCUUACCGAGUAGGGCCCCAUGCGGCGAUGCAGCGGCUGGAUAGCGUUGAUGGCAAGCCCACUGCCGCGGCCGUCAAUGCCGCUGCUGGCGGCGGCAACCAUCGUUUUGACGCGCCGGCGGCGGCCGCGACGGCGCCGGGAACGCCUCCGUCGGGUGCUCCCCGCCCGACACCUGGCCGCCAACUGGACCUCCAAAUGCUUGCGGAGCAGGUAUCUCGGAUCAUGGCGCGCCUGUCCGACAUAACGCAAGACGGCAAGGAGGCCGCGGCUUGCGAGGCACGGGAGGCGCAGGGGCAGCAGGGCGGCUGCGGAGGAGUCGCGGCAAUGGCAGCGGCGGAUGGAGUAGCCCCAGCAGCCGCAUUGGUAAUGCCGCCGCAGGCGACCGAUGGGAAUCUGGAACAUGUGCCAGCUGGAUACGGUAGCAGCGGCGGUGGCGAAUCCCUACGGAAAUGCUCGAGGAUGCAGGCCAUGGACGUGAAGCGUCAGGAGCUGCAGCGGCUCCAUGCGGACCUGGUUGCCCGCGUCUCAGCGCUUGCACCAGCAACCACAGCACCGCCAACAUCGCCAGCAAGAUCCGCAGCGCCAUCGCCACCCUGCACUUCUCCAGCCACAGCAGCCAAGGCUCCUGUUGCAGCAGCAGCACCAACAGCUGCUGCGGCCGUGCCCGCCGCCGUCACAGCGGCAGCAGCCGAAGCGCUUGCUGAUGUGGAAGCGCGCAUUCGCUCCAAACUAGCGGAGCUGGCGGAUCUCACGUUGGACAAACUGGAAGAGGAGCUUGACGGAGGCGAGGAGCAGCCGCAGCAGCAGCAGCAGCAACAUGUGGGCCAGGGGCUGAAUGGCGGUGGCGUCGGCGGUGUCGCUGAAAGGGAGGGAACUACGGCGGCAGGGCCCCAGCGGAAACGCAGCCUGACCUCACCGGAGAGGGCUCUUCGUGGCGGCGAUGUCGGAGCAGUGUGUCAAACGCCGGCGGCGGCGGAGGUGAGUGUACGGCAGCGGCAGCGGCGGGAUGACGAGGCGGCGCUGCGGGAGGAGGUGUUGGCAGUGCUGGGGGCUCGAAAGCGUCAGAUGCGGUGUGUCGGCGGCGGCGGCGGAGGGGCCGCUAGGAGGGA